CUCAGAUCCGCACAGCAAAAGGCCAAUGCGACUAUCGGUGGUGGAAUCUUAACAACGAAGCCGAGUUUCGUAAUACGUCGUCUUCUUGAUUUCCCAUCGACCUUCUUAUCUCUUUCCCUUCAAUUUCACUGCUCCUUUCCCAAUUUCGCAUUCGUCCAUCAAUUUCGCAUUUUCUCCUCAAUUCCCAUUUCUGGUUUUGCUAUCCCGUUAAAUCCAUCUCUCCUUUCUUCUCUCUUCUUCGUUGAUUCCUAACCCCGAACAAUGGCUUCUGCUGCACCUCCCGUCCUCCCCGUCUCCAAUUCCCAGCCCACCGCUGGUGCCACGGCUGAAUCUGGAGGACCCGUUGCUACACCUGCCUUCCGUGCCUUCAUCGGGCACCUCUCCGAUACCGUCCGUAAUGGCCUUGCUCAGCGCCGUCCUUGGGGUGAGCUCGUUGACCGUACGGCCUUUGCGAAACCAGAGAGUUUCUCUGAAGCCACCCUCCGGAUCCGCAAGAAUUAUUCUUACUUUCGGGUCAAUUAUUAUGCUAUGAUUGCUCUGAUCCUUGCUGUGUCUCUGCUUACGAAUCCGUUCUCUCUUAUUGUCCUCGUCGGCUUGCUCGCUUCCUGGAUGUUCUUAUACCUCUUCCGUCCCUCUGAUCAGCCUUUGGUCAUUCUUGGUCGCACUUUCUCUGAUUUCGAGACCUUGGCGCUCCUGGGCGGCCUCACUUUGUUUGUGGUCUUUCUUACCAAUGUUGGAUCUGUUCUUGUUUCGGCUCUCAUGGUGGGUGUGGCUGUUGUCUGCGCUCACGGUGCCUUCAGGGUUCCCGAAGAUCUCUUCUUGGAUGAACAGGAGGUUUCUCAAACCACUGGGUUCCUGUCAUAUCUCCGGGGUGCUGCAACCAAUGCCACUGUCCCCUCUUCCGUACCUCCGGUCACUGCACGUGUUUGAGCAGAUCGGUGAAUCCAGAUCCAGGAGGAUAACAGGGUAAUGGGGUCUUGAUCUGAUCCGUGAAAUUCAUUGUUAGGACCUGGAAGUGAGAUAAACGCAGAAAAUAUGCUUUUGCCUUCUAUGACAAUGUAUUAACAAAUUUUACUAUACAUAGGGUGAAUCACAUGAGAUUUGUAGGGUUCUCUGUUAUUUUGUGCUGUUUCAUGUAGGAUUCGCAACUCUUGUUGGUGGAUCUACCAGUUUUUAUACUUGAAUUGUUUUGUUAUCUCUAUACUUCAAUUGUUUUAUUCAUUUUGGUAAUUUGGCUCUCUUAAAGCAGAUUGUGCAAAUGUUCUUAAUUGUGUUA